ACGUAGGACGUGUUACAUCACUCUUCCCGUGCACGCAGACAGUCACGCACACCAGCUGUCGACCGGCAGAACUCGAGCAGUUCACUUCAGCGUGUUGCAGAAAACUUCAUAAAUAGCCAAGACGACUGCCAUGGAAUACGAAGACAAUGAAUCCAAGUUUAUCAGAAAAGCCAAAGAGAAUCCAUUCGUCCCUGCAGGGAUGGCUGGGUUCUUUGCCAUUGUGGCGUACAGACUGUUCAAACUGAAGAACAGAGGAGAUACGAAGAUGUCAGUCCACCUGAUUCACAUGCGUGUGGCUGCGCAGGGCUUCGUGGUGGGAGCCAUGACUUUAGGAGUGAUCUAUUCUAUGUACAGAGAGUACAUUCUCAAACCCGCCGAAGCACAGAAAGCGUUAGAGCAGAAGGCAUUGGAAAAAAAGUGAAGAGAAAUGUGUUAGAUUCCCGCGAUAUCCUUAAUAGCAACUUUUAAGGUGUCCUUUUGUAUUCAGUGCUAACAUAAGAACUUAAAAAAAAAAAAAAUGAUUUAAACCGUUUCCUUUUUAAACUUCAAUAAUCCUCUGAAAAAGAGGUUUGCGUUUUCAUUAUGUUGCCUGGCGUGUUUGGGAAACAUUGUACAGUAUGUGACAGAACUGUAGCUAUUUUGCAACCGCCACCUACUAUUUAUUUAUCAUAGCUGAUGAAAGCAAUCUACAUUUUUUUGGUUUUGUUUUGUUUAUUACUGAAAAUAUUUGGAUUAGUAUAAUUCAUGCUAAAUGCUGCAGCUCUUAUGUCGAUGUUGUGCCCGAGUUUCAGCACAGAGGUGUGGCAUUAAGACCUUUGUACCUUGUAAUUCAAGAUUCGUUCUUGUAUCAUUUAAGUCAGCAGACAAAAUAAAUUCCAGGACAACAACCCUAACGAACCAUCAUCUGAAAUUUUACAAUGCACUGAACACAAUAUAGGGUCUUCCCCACACUGCAAAACUAUUAACGGGUCUAGUUCUUUGCAGAUGUAGCGCUGUUGUUACAAACAGGAUCUUCAGGACUUCAGCAACUCUGUUGUUUUUGCUUCUAUCGUUUUCAAGUGUGCAUGUGUGUGAGUGUCAUGAGGAACGAGAGGAGCUAUUGAUUGUGUUGCUGCAUGAAAUUAUGCUUGCACCUUUUUCGUAUUUCAAAACCAAAUCACAAAAUUAUACUUUUAGAGUGAUAUAUAUUUUGACGAUCUCAGCUACCACUGCGUUUAACUUUAACUAUUGUAAUUCCAAUAAACACUUCUGGUUAUUUCCCA